GAUUGUAUUUGUCUGAACACCCGCCGACCAUGGCCAUGUUGAGUCUUCCUCUUACUGUGGCUUGCGUUCUUUGUUUCACAAUAGGACACGUGUUCACAGCCUUAAGUGACAGCGUGGCACCGCCAGCACCACCUGCACCAGCGUUAGCACCACCGGCUCCUCCAGCAGUAGCACCACCUGCACCACCUGCGCCUCCAGCAGUAGCACCAUCGGCCCCACUUCUGACAGUGGAUGACAUAAUUAUACCAGUGGCAAUGGAGCCCCUUCCGGAGUACAUUGCAGCUCGGCCGGAGAGCAGAGUGGUCAGCAAAUACUGGACGGAACUGGAGUCCAGGCGAAUGGCCACGUUAAAGACGUGUGAGAUGAGGUUGUGGGACAAGUCGCAGAUCGGCGCCCCAGCGCCACAGAAAGGAACUAACGUUGUAAGGAAGUCUUUGUCCCCUGAUGUAAACGAAGUUUUUGUUCCGGUUUACGAGGGACGAGCCGUAGUCCAAGACAUUGAAACAUCGCUGAAGAAAUGUCUAGACGAACUGAGGAGGAUAGAGAACCGGAACAACGAGAAGACCGCAUUGUUUGAUGCCUAUCUCACCGCUAUUGGACAGGAAAUCGAUCAGAUUGAGUCCUGUCAGCUCGUGGGGGGCGACUUGAACUUUGAAAAAACUGCAGCGGCCGUGGCCAGGAUCAAGUCACAGGUGGCAAAACAGCCGGACCUUCUGGAGGCCAUGGACUUCCUGACCAGCACUAUAGUCAAGUUGAAGCUGGACAAAGACACUUGUGUGGCAUCUUUAGGUCUGCCUCAGAGAGCAAGUGAUGAGCUCAGUUACCCAAACAUUCCUGGAAGUCCACAGGUUUAAACCAAACAAGCAAUCUGCAGGCACGAGUAUUUUUUUAAAAGUCACAUCGUCACAGACAUUCAAUCUUCUGCAGCUUCGUAGCACCAAUAGUCUUAGCACAUACAAGACUUACACCCUCACACGCUGGUUGGCAGUCUCCACAAAGAUCUGUAAAAUUAUCUUUUUGUUUAACGUUUGCCGUUUGUUAUAGCCAUUAAGGUUUUACAGGGUGGGUUUACUUCAACUAGAAAAAAAGUAAUAAUAGCAGGACGUCAUGUAAAUUAUCUUUUAAGUAUACAGAUGUUCAUUCAAAAAAAAAAAAAAAAAAAAAAAAAAAGAUAAUUAUGUUGAUGAGGCUGAAAAGAAAAUUCUUAGAGGAAGAUUGAAAUUGUCUCGUAAGACAAAUAUAGUCUUGAAUAAUUGCCUUGUCUUUUCUAAAUAUAACAGAUAAUGUGAUGCCUGCAAUACAUUUUUUACAAUCAAAUUCUUAUCUCCCAAAGAGGGACAAACAACAGCAAGUUCAAGUCAAUUAUAUUGUUAAGUUUAUUUCUUUGUACACUAUGAAUACAAUGUCCAUUCUUCCAUGCUAAUUAUUAUUAUAUAGGUAUUAUCUCUCAUCACUGUGACAUUUGAAAUUAGAUUAAGUAAAAAAUUGUAUAAACAUGAUUUUUAAAAAUUAGUGAUUGAAUUAAAAUUUUAAAAAAAUA